GUCAUACGUAGUAAAUAAGUUUUCCCGUCUCGUAGUGUUUCAGUGCCAAACAAAAUGACUUCACCGUUGGAAAAUCUGGAAAAUCACUUGGAAAUGUUCAUCGAAAAUGUGCGCCAGAUUCGUAUCAUCGUAAGCGACUUCCAACCGCAGGGCCAGAACGUACUGAACCAGAAGAUCCAGUCGCUCGUCACCGGGCUACAGGAGAUCGAUAAGCUGAAGAACCAGAUCGACGUGAACGUUCCGCUGGAAGUGUUCGACUACAUCGAUCAGGGACGUAAUCCGCAGUUGUACACCAAAGAUUGCAUCGAUAAGGCGCUUACAAAGAACGAAGAGGUGAAGGGAAAAAUCGACUCGUACCGCAAGUUCAAGAGCAAUCUAAUGAAGGAACUUAGCGACACUUUCCCCGUUGAAGUCAGCAAGUAUAAGGCGAUACGGGGCGAUGAAUAGUAUUUGUACGCGGGUUCAGGUUCAUUUGAAACGAACCAAUUUGCUAGAGUCAGAACGUGAUGUACAUGCCGUUAACGUAAAAUUAUGUUAGGGAACACAACUGUUAAUGCUACAUGCGGAUGUAACUUGCUAUGAUGCUAUACAUAAAAUAAAUUUUUUUAAACACAAACCCCAUAUCGUGGGAUGGUAAGCGUGGUUUAAGGUUUCAAAAUUCUGAGACUAGAUGUCAUCACAUCAGAGUAUCCAUACGGGGUGAUUACAAUACAUAUCGAUCAUCUUCAUUCUUUCGCUUAGUUUUAUGUUUUCAGAUUUUAUUUAUUUAUCUUACACAGCAUUAGUUUAUGCCGAUGGUAUGUGAGGAAU